UCACUGAAUUUUAUCUUUUCUUUUUGUUUUUGAAAAAUAUUGGGGCAUUUUAAUACCCUAACAACCUCGCUUUGAACUCAAGUCUUGGGGUCUCAACACACUUUCAUUCAUUUAACUUCAUUAGCUUCACUUCAUUGAAUGAGUUUUCAUCGCCAUUUGUUUGUUUGUUUCAAACAAGAAAUUUGGUACCAUGGGUUUGGUUUAAUUCUUUAUUUUCUUUAAACCCUUUGUAUCUUUUAUUCAGUUUUUUUCAGUAGAGAGGUGAUUCUUUCUUUGUAAUGCGUUUGGAGAGAAAAUGAUGAGAAGAGUAGUUGGGGUGCUGCAGAUUUUCUUGGUUAUUUUUGGUGUGGUUUUUGGUGAUUGUUUUUCAUCUGAUGAAAUUUUAGCUCUGAGAGCUUUCAGGGAAGCUAUAAUUGAAGACCCUUCCAUGGUUUUAUCAAAUUGGAAUUUUCUGAAUGGAGAUCCUUGUAAUUGGUCUGGCAUUAGCUGUUCUCAGACACAUGAUCAUGUUAUCUCUUUAAAUCUAUCUAAUUUGUCCUUGAACGGAUUUCUUACCCCAGCGUUGGGUAAAUUGGCCUACUUGCAAGAGCUAGUUUUGCACAAAAACAAUCUUCUUGGGAUUAUACCCAAAGAAAUUGGCAUGUUGAAGAAUCUAAAGGUUUUGGAUUUGGGGAUGAAUCGACUGACAGGGCCUAUUCCUCAUGAGAUUGGGAAUUUGGUCAAAAUUACGAAAAUAAACCUUCAAUCUAAUGGACUGAUCGGACAUUUGCCCCUUGAACUUGGCAAGUUGAGGAACCUCGUUGAGCUGCAGGUGGAUAGAAAUAAGCUUCAAGGAAAUGUUCCCGGUAGCAGUGGUCCAAGCUUUACAUCUAAACAGCAUGGACUGUAUGCUUCUCGUGGAAGUGCCUCUGGCUUUUGUCGUUCGACUCAGUUAAAAAGUGUUGAUUUGUCAUACAACUUCUUUGUCGGGAAAAUACCACAAUGCCUUGCACAUCUCCCAGGAUCAAGUUUUCAAGGGAACUGCUUCCAAGAUAAAAAUUACAAACAGCGUCAUGCUUCACAGUGCGGUGCUUCUCAUCCUGCUGGAAGCCACGCAGCCAACGUGGGCAACCAGGAUCCCAAAGAAGGAUCUAAGCAGCAGAGAAAAUCCCAACCUGCAUGGCUUCUGCCUGUGGAAAUAGUAACUGGAAUCCUUGCAGCUAUCAUCUUACUCUGUGCUGUUCUAGCAGCUGUUAAAAAAUGUAAAGGGAAAUGUCAUGUCCGAAUCCCUUGGAAGAAAGUGAGAAAUGGGAACGAACAAAUUUAUACGUACAUAGAAUCUGAUAUGCUGAAGGAUGUGACGAAGUUGAGUAAACAAGAGCUGGAAGUAGCUUGUGAAGAUUUCAGCAACAUUAUUGGCUCUAGUCCAGACACUCUAAUCUACAAAGGCAACUUGAAAGAUGGUUCUGAAGUUGCUGUGAUUUCCUUAUGUGCUAAGGAAGACUUAUGGACAUGUUACCUUGAGGUCUAUUUCCAGAGAGAGGUUGCUGACCUGGCAAGAUUAAAUCAUGAAAAUACUGGAAAACUAUUUGGGUACUGCAGAGAAAGCAAUCCAUUUUCGAGGAUGCUCGUCUUUGAAUAUGCAUCUAAUGGAACACUUUAUGAGUACCUCCACUUCGGUGAAGGAUGUCAGUUAUCUUGGAGAAGACGGAUGAAUAUCAUUGUAGGCAUUGCUCGUGGUCUGAGAUAUUUGCAUACUGAACUUGAGCCUCCAUUUGCUAUGUCUGAAUUAAAUUCUAGUGCGGUCUAUCUUACUGAAGACUUUUCUCCCAAGCUGGUUGAUUUCGAAAUCUGGAAUUCAAUACUUGCGAGGUUGGAAAAGAAGUCUGGAUCUAGUGGCAGUGAAGCUGCUCUUUGUGGGUUUACUGAAUCUCUAGAGACAUUCCGUCAAGACGUCCAUGACAACAUUUAUGCUUUCGGGGUACUUUUACUGGAAAUUAUUAGUGGAAGACCCACAUAUUGCAAAAACAGAGGUCACCUGGUAGAUUGGGCUAAAGAAUAUUUGGAACUUCCCGAAGUAAUGUCUUAUUUGGCAGACCCCGAAUUGCGGCAUUUCAAACAUGAUGACAUUAAAGUCAUAUGCGAGGUGGUUAACCUUUGCAUCCAUUCUGAUCCCAGCAAGCGGCCGUCAAUGCAAGUAUUGUGCCCCAUGUUGGAAAAUCUAAUGGAGACAUCAAUAACUUCAGACCUUUCUGAUUCUUCUUUGGCGUGGGCUGAGCUUGCAAUAUCUACUUAGUCAGGUCAAUUCUACCACACUGUAAAUCCGUAGUCACAUUUCCCCCUCAUAUCUUCAUCUUGUUAAAUAUUUAGUGUGAUUAAAUCAAAUUAGUCUCUUGCUGAAACAAAUGUAAAAUUUUGAAACACUGAAAUUGAAUGAGAAUAUUUUACAUCCACUUUUCAUUUUUCA